AUGAGAGGUCGUAAACGUAGGAAUUCCGAAGAUGAAGAAAUGGCAGAUGUUCCUAGUACAUCUACUUCACCACUACGAAAUCUGAGCUAUAAGUCAAGGAUUUUGGAUAUCAAACGGCAAAAAACCAAUACAAGUUUUCAAAAAAGAGCCACGAGAAGCAUAUUACUAGAUACCUUACAGAAAAAUGAUUUGCUCAGUAUUCUAAAUUCAAUGUUGAAGAAGCAGCCUGAUUUAAAGCAAGAUUUGCUCAAUUAUAUACCAUUGCCUACCAUCUUAUCUUCAAUGAACGUUUUAAUGGAUAUGGAAAAGAAAUUCUUGAAUAGCUUUCCGUUCAACAAAAACGGGCCUGGUAGAGAUGACUAUACCUUUUCUAGAGUGAGAGAGAAUUUAAUGGAUUAUAUUGACACUAUUAUACAAUAUGCAAACCACUUCACCUCUGUCAUGGUUUUUCCAACCACUUGCUUUACUUUCCUGGAUCAUGCAACACACAUGGCCCAUCGUUUACCAACAUGGAAUAAUCAGGAAAAUAACCAGUAUAAAGCAGAACUUUAUCAGCAUUUAAAUGAUUUCUGGAAGUUAGCCAUACAAAAUACAAAUGAUUUCCUUACGAGUACAGAUCAGCAGCGACAGCAAGAAACACAUAGCACAUUCAGUCCACAGACAGUCAGUAUUUGGGCCAAAAAUUUAGCACAGCAUAAUAGUUACACCCAUGGAUUGUAUUUCACAGAAGCUGUUCAUGAGUUCACCGAUAAAUUAGGUUAUUUGAUUGGUUUAUUGCCAAAUACAAACUCUAUGAUUGAUCACCAUAAUUAUAGUGGUCUGUUAUCGAUGGGAGGACCUUUGGCAAGUACUCAUGCUGUUGCAGCUGGUACAUCUUCCGCACCAAAUUUAAUCACAUCAACGAAUUCUGCAGGAUCAGUAACGCCUGGAACAGCAGGCCCACCUUUAUGUCAUUCUUUAUAUCCCUCAUUAUUAGAAACCACACCCACGCUCACUUCUGCUUCAGUUGUUGGCGACAGAAGAUAA